GCCAACAGUAAUGUGCGACUACAUUGGAGCUCAAUAAGCGGCGAUUUUUUAAUAUUUGCCUUGUUGAGCUCAGAUCAAUAUGAGUUUGCUAUUUGAUUGGUCAUUCUGCUUCUACGCAAGCUUAAUGUAUGAUUGAGCAACUCCAGUGAGAUACUUGCGUCCCCAGGUCAGGAGAAGAAUUACAGAUCACGUGACUGCGAGUUCCCUGAUGGAGAGAUCAGUCUCUAUCUUCAAGUCUAGUCAGUUCUGCGUUAUUUUGAUAUGCGAGAUGCUUCCAAACUUAUGUAAGGUCAUUUUGAGACUCCUGCUUAAAGUUACGUUCCCUCGUUUCAAACAUAUAUAUACUCUUUUCCGCUUAGCUCAGCGGUAAUCCCAGUCUAGCUGCGAACGGACACUAACAGACGAGGCUAUCUCAACCUCACUCAUCUCACUUAGCGCAACUAUCUCAAACAAUCACAUUCACCUCAUUGUCCAACAUGAAAGACGAAUUCGACAGCAGAGACAUUGGCCAAGCACUCCGCAAAGUAUGUAUCCGAGGACGAGCCCCAGGAACCCGCAAAGUACGACCACGCCGCGGCCUCCAAACAUCAAGAAUCGCCAAGCGGCAACCAGUCACCAUCCCCAAAACAACACGAACAUUCAACAUCGAGCAACACGGCGCCAAGGCUUACAACGAUCCCACAUCAAAUCUCCGACGCCUGGAAUCGGAUCCCGCCUCCCUGGUGGUCGCCGUGCACGGCUGCUGCAGUGCGAACGCAUUAUCCUCCGCACGUGCAAGCUAUGGAGUCUUCGUCUCCGAGUACGCUCUGAAUCUAAACCGCAACGGUACAGUCCCCGAUCCGUUCAUGCAGACAAGUCAAUCGGCCGAGUUGUACGCUACGAUGAAAGCGUUGGACGUAGUUCACGAUCUGAUUAUCGCGGGAGAAGAUCUUUCGCAUGUGGUUAUCAAGACGAUUUCGUCGUAUUUGGAGAAGGGGCUCAGUUCGUUUAUAUGGAAGUGGGCCUCGAAUGGGUUUAAGAAUACGGAGGGAAGGCCGGUGGUUAAUGGGCGGGCGUUUCGGUUUUUGCAUGAGAGGGUUGUGUUGUUGGAGAAGGAGUAUGGGACCAGGGUGAGCUUUUGUUUGGUGAGAAAGGAUCAGAAUGUGCAAGCUGGGGAGUUGGCCAGGGAGGCGUUGAAUUAGGAGGGUGUGAGAGGGUUUGUAUAUUAGAUUUGAGGAUGGAUGCAUGUCUUGGAAUUGUAAACUGAGGCUAUAGCAAGGAAUGCUUUUGUACAUUGAAUGCGAGAUAUAGACGGAGUCUGUAAAGCAAGGUAUAAGCUUAGGUAUUCGAAACUUCUAUAAAUUACUUCAAGAG